AUGUCUGAUCCAGAAGAUAAAUCUUUGCGGGUGGUGCCUGAGGUCGAAGAGUAUGGCGAGCCGGAAGGCGAAAAUGGCGAUAACCACGAUGCAGCCGGUGCUGAAGCGGAUGCGCUUGGUCAUAUGAGUCGUCGCGAACGCUUUCGCAAGCGUGGUAUCUAUCUACUGCCUAAUCUCAUCACCACCGGAGCACUUUUUGCCGGGUUUUAUGCCAUUGUCGCAGGCAUGAACGGUAAUUUUGUUGCGGCCUGCCUGGCGAUAUUUGUCGCUGGGGCGCUUGAUACUGCGGAUGGCCGCGUUGCACGCCUGACCAAUACCGAAAGCCAGUUUGGUGCCGAAUACGAUAGUUUGUCGGAUAUGGUGGCUUUUGGUGUAGCGCCUGCUCUGGUUGCUUUCUCAUGGGGCCUUUCCAGUCUUGGGCAACUUGGCUGGGUCGCCACCUUUGUCUAUAUGGCCUGUGCCGCUUUACGCCUCGCACGGUUUAAUACAAAGGGUGAUAACGCCAGUUUUACCGGAUUAGCCAGCCCGUCAGCCGCUGCGAUUAUUGCCUGCAGCAUCUGGGCCUGGGUCGAAUACGGCGGUGGGGUACCCGGCGUCAUCGGUUCCGGAAUCAUGGCCGCCGUCACCACGCUGGCGGGACUGUUGAUGGUAUCGAACUUCACCUAUUUUUCACCCAAACUGCUGAACUUCAAAGACCGGGUGCCUUUUGUCACGAUGGUUUUUGUGGUGCUGGGUUUCUCCAUUCUUAUGGUGGAUCCGCCUACUGUGUUGUUGUUCCUGGCCAUCACCUAUGCGUUGCAGCCAAUGUCCCGAUACCGACCCGCGCCCAUUCCCAGCUCCGAAAUAACGCCGGAAUCAAUUUACCUGAAUCGGCGGGCGUUCAUGAAGAACAGCGCUGUGCUCGCUGCUGGUGCCUCACUUGCCUCGCCAGCUGUUGCUGGCCUGCAACCUGACGAUGAUAUCACGCCGGAACAAAUCGCUACCUCCUACAACAAUUUUUAUGAGUUUGGUACCGACAAAGGCGACCCGGCAAGAUAUGCCCAUGAGCUCACCACCGACCCCUGGCGCGUUUCAGUUUCCGGUGAGGCGGGCAAAACCGGCGAGUUUGAAUACGCCGACAUUAUCAAAGGCAUGAUGGUAGAAGAACGUAUUUACCGGUUUCGUUGUGUUGAGGCCUGGUCCAUGGUGGUGCCCUGGAUGGGUAUUCCCCUGAAAAAAAUCCUGCAGCAGUUUGAGCCCAACGGUAAUGCCAAAUAUGUUGAGUUUAAGACUCUGGUACGGCCAUCCGAGAUGCGCGGGCAACGCAGUUUCUUUUCCGGCAUCGAUUGGCCGUAUGUCGAAGGGCUGCGACUGGAUGAGGCAUACCACCCGCUGACAAUUAUGGUGGUAGGCAUGUAUGGAAAGACGCUGCCGAAUCAGAACGGCGCACCCUGGCGCUUGAUGGCGAGUGAGCGUCGCCUGCCAAGUACAUUGUUUGAUCCGAACACACGUCCGACGCUACCGUUUAACGGAUAUGCUGAUGAGGCGGCACUUACUCUCAAGGUGCUGCUGGCAUCGCUGUUAAGUGCGCCACUGGUCUGGUUGGCCUGGCGGGUCAAGCUUGAUUUAGACCAGCCUGGCAGCGGUUUGGGGCCGGAUGCAGGAGAGACCCUGGUCCAUUACCUGGGUGAGUGGUCUCUGGUGAUGGUGUUGGUGGCGUUUUCAAUUUCGCCGAUGCGUCGCUGGACACAUUAUUCCGGGUGGCUGCGCAGUCGCCGCAUGGUUGGUUUGUUUGCCUUCAGUUAUGUGCUUCUGCAUUUCUCCAGCUAUUUGGUUUUCUAUCUGGGCUUGUCCUGGCAGGCACUGUUUGAAGACUUUGUUGAACGCGCCUACAUCACCGCCGGCAUGGUCGCGUUCUUUUGUCUGCUCCUCAUGACCUUGACUUCAACCCGUGGCUGGCAACGCCGCCUGCGCCAACGCUGGCAGCAGCUCCAUCAACUUAUUUAUAUCGCUAUAGGCUCUGCGCUGGUGCACCUGGCGUGGCUCACCCGCGACGGCUACCUGGAAGUCGCCCUGUACAGUCUCUGGUUUGUGCUGCUGUGUUUUGAACGUUGGUCGGCAGGGGCGGGGCCGCGCUUCAGCUUGCGGCGCGACGUGCAAUCACCGCCUGGCUGA